UGUCAAGCAUGGAGUGACUGACAACAGAUUUAUUCUUGUUUACACCGGGAAAAUUAUAAAUUAGGAAUUUAGGAACUUCUAAAGAUGUUUUUGAAUACAAACACAUUACUUUGCAUAUUGAGUGUAUUUGCACUAGUUCAAUCUGGUGAAAAAGAAUCCAUGUGCUCAAGUUCCAUAGGGGAUAAAUGUACAGAAAAUCAUAAUAAAUAUAGCAAAGAAGCUAAUGAUUGGCAUUCAAGAAUCAAAAAUCAAAUUCAGCAAGCCUUAGAUGAGUACAAACCUUGUAUGGCAAAGAACUGUAGUUGUCAUAAAGAUGUCCUGGAAAAGGAUUUGCUACCAUUUAAAGGUGGAAUCACAAAGGAAAUGUUUACACUGGCUCAGUCCAAAGGCACAAAGUACCAGAUAAUUGAUGGCAAAUUGUACCGUCAGAAAGAUUGUCACUUCCCUGCAAGGUGUGCUGGCAUUGAACAUUACAUCAAAUCCUUAUCCCCCAAACUACCUAACAUGGAGCUAGCUAUCAAUACAAGAGACUGGCCACAACUUAACAGAGAAUGGGGCCAUAAGCCAGCACCUGUUUUUUCAUUCAGUAAGACUAAGGAGUAUUAUGAUAUUAUGUAUCCUGCAUGGAGUUUCUGGGAAGGUGGCCCAGCUAUAGCACUCUACCCUACAGGCAUCGGUCGAUGGGAUCAACACAGAUUAUCAAUUUCUUCAGCAGGGGACAAGUGGCCCUGGGACAAAAAGGAAGACAAAGGAUUUUUCAGAGGAUCAAGGACUAAUGAAGAGAGAGAUGCUUUAAUUUUACUGUCCAGAUCAAAUCCUGAUGUUGUAGAUGCAAAAUAUACAAAGAAUCAAGCUUGGAAGUCUGAUGCAGACACCCUCUUUGCAGAUCCAGCUAAAGAAGUAUCUUUUGAAGAUCAUUGUAAAUACAAAUACUUAUUCAACUAUAGAGGAGUUGCAGCGAGUUUUCGGUUAAAGCAUUUAUUUCUAUGCAAGUCCUUAGUGUUCCAUGUUGGUGAAGACUGGUUAGAAUUCUUUUACCCAUCACUAAAACCUUGGAUACAUUAUGUUCCGUUGAGCCCAAAGGCAAGUCAAGAAGAAAUUAUGAAAUACAUUAUGUACUUUAAAGAACAUGAUUCAUUAGCUAAAGAAAUAGCUGAGCGUGGGUUUCAGCACAUAUGGGAUCACCUCACAGAUAAAGAUGUAGAAUGCUAUUGGAGGCAAUUGUUGAAGAAAUAUUCUAAACUUGUGAAAUAUGACAUUGUCAAAGAUUACAAUCUUGAAAAAAUUUAAAUAAUUGAGGUCCUAGGUGUGUUGUUAAAUAAAAAAACAGUUUGGCUAUAAACUAAUAACUUUACUUAGCACAUAUAAAGGAAAAUAAUUUGUUUACAAUUAACACAUUAACUACAACUUGUUGGUCUUACAAAGAUGCACCAUUAAAGCUUUUGGUUCAAUUCGGUUAGAUCACGAAACAAAAACUGGCACAAUUAAUAAAGUUUACAAUCAUUAAAAAACAUCUCCUAUAACAGAAAGAGGACAGAGAUAAUUGAGAAAGAAUUAGACAAUAUUGUACAGAAAGAAUAAUUGCAUUUAUUAGUUAUUUAUUGAGAUGAUUAAAUAAAUACAUGUA